AUGACUCCAGACAUAUUGACGGGCUCGGCAGUGAAUGAGCUGGAUGAACUGAUGGAGUUGAAGUGUAAAAGGCUCAAUACUUUCAAUUACCCACAAGCCGGAAUCUCCUAUUCUUACGAAGAAUGGAAAAUUUGCAAAACGUGGAAGCCGAUCAUUGAAAAGAAGAGAAGUCGCCGCGAGGUCCCUGUUCCUGAUGCCAGUUUGUCGGGUGACCACCCAUACCAGAAUACUUGCCUGCAAGAUGAGUUUCGGUCGGAAGGGCUGCAAGUUAUCAUUCGCGUGUCCAACAUCGAACUUACCCCAGAAAGCCCAUUCUACCCCGGUGACAGCGACUUCCAGCGACUUCCACGUCGAUGGUCUCCUCAAUGA